CUGACUGAACUACUGAAUUGAUUAAUCUGCUGAAUAAUAUAAUUAACAGCACUCUCUCGCUUUCUCAGCUCAUGUGAUUGUGGGUACAGUGAAUGGCACAGAAGCAAAACCCCACUCCAGACCUUACAUGGUUUCUGUUCAAAAGAACUGGCUACAUACCUGUGGUGGAUUUCUCAUCUCUGAUGAGUUUGUCUUGACUGCCGCACAUUGUCGAAAGAAUUCAGAGACUCUGACAGUCGUGGUUGGUGCACAUGACCUAAAAAAUAAGACUGAAGGUUCUGUCUGCAUCGAAGUGAAGUCGUACCACCAGCAUCCAGACUUUACUGAGGAUCCUGUCAUGAAUGACAUUAUGCUUUUGAGGCUAGAGAAAAAAGUCACACAAAAUGAGAAAGUCAACUGGAUAUCUAUACCAAUAAAAGAAGAUGAGACUGAAGUGCAUUCUGUCUGCAGCGUUGCAGGCUGGGGAAGGCUGGAUAAUGGCUCCCUUAGCAAUCGUCUCAUGGAAACACAUGUGAAGAUCAUGAAUCACACAAAAUGUGAAAAUAAAUGGGGAAAAGUUGACUAUUCAGCUUCACAGAUGAUGUGUACAUAUGGCAAUGGAGGAAGUUGCACUGGGGAUUCAGGAGGUCCUUUGGUUUGUGGGAAAACUGCUGUUGGUGUCACAUCUUUUGGUGACCCUAAUCUCUGUAAUUCCCCUGAGCUACCUGAAGUCUAUAUGAAGGUUUCAGCAUAUCUGCAAUGGAUACAUAAGUUUAUUGGAAAUGUUUAUUGA